CCAGCCGCCAAGACACCCUUGGACACAGACAGCAUGAGAGAAAUAGUUCACAUACAAGCCGGACAAUGUGGGAAUCAGAUUGGCACCAAGUUUUGGGAAGUUAUCAGCGAUGAACACGGCAUCGAUCCGGCAGGAAACUAUGUGGGUGACUCAUCGCUUCAACUCGACAGGAUUAACGUGUACUACAACGAAGCGUCCCCACACAAGUAUGUCCCCAGAGCAAUCCUUGUGGACCUGGAACCUGGGACCAUGGACAGUGUCCGGUCGGGGUCCUUUGGACAGCUAUUCAGACCUGACAACUUUAUCUUCGGGCAGACGGGUGCGGGGAACAACUGGGCCAAGGGCCACUACACUGAGGGAGCAGAACUGGUAGACUCUGUGCUGGAUGUGGUGAGGAAGGAGUGUGAGCACUGUGACUGUCUCCAGGGCUUUCAGCUCACCCACUCCCUGGGUGGGGGCACGGGCUCAGGAAUGGGCACCCUGCUCAUCAGCAAGAUCCGUGAGGAGUACCCUGACCGCAUCAUGAACACGUUCAGCGUCAUGCCCUCACCCAAGGUGUCCGAUACGGUGGUCGAACCGUACAACGCCACGCUCUCUGUGCACCAGCUGGUGGAGAACACGGAUGAGACAUACUGCAUUGACAACGAGGCGCUCUACGACAUCUGCUUCCGUACCCUGAAACUGACCACGCCCACUUACGGAGACCUCAACCACCUGGUGUCGGCCACCAUGAGCGGUGUGACCACCUCACUGCGCUUCCCUGGCCAGCUCAACGCCGACCUUCGCAAACUGGCCGUCAACAUGGUGCCCUUUCCCCGCCUACAUUUCUUCAUGCCUGGCUUUGCACCACUAACCGCCCGGGGAAGCCAGCAGUAUCGCGCCCUGACAGUGCCCGAACUCACCCAGCAAAUGUUUGACGCCCGCAACAUGAUGGCGGCGUGCGACCCGCGCCAUGGCCGCUACCUCACCGUGGCCACUGUUUUCCGAGGGCCCAUGUCCAUGAAAGAGGUGGACGAGCAGAUGCUGGCCAUCCAGAACAAGAACAGCAGCUUCUUCGUGGAGUGGAUCCCCAACAACGUCAAGGUGGCCGUAUGUGACAUUGCGCCCCGCGGCCUUAAGAUGGCCUCCACAUUCAUCGGCAACAGCACGGCCAUCCAGGAGCUGUUCAAGCGCUUCUCGGAGCAGUUCUCGGCCAUGUUCCGCCGCAAGGCCUUCUUGCACUGGUUCACCGGGGAGGGCAUGGACGAGAUGGAGUUCACAGAGGCCGAGAGCAACAUGAACGACCUGGUGUCUGAGUACCAGCAGUACCAGGAGGCCACGGCUAAUGACGGGGAAGAGACAUUUGACGACGAGGAAGAAGAACUCAAUGAGUAAGGAUAAUGUUGCCUGUUUGUAAAAAAAUAUAUAUAUUUUUUAGGGGAUAGAGGUGCUCAAAGUUUUGCAUACCUCACCCUACCAAGAGACAUCCAUUCCUUCAUUUCUGGAAAAGAUAAAAGGUUGAGUCUCAUAUCGUUUAAAAGCUUACGAGAAAGGUUUUCUAACAACUUAGACCCUAUUUUACAUCAUCAGAGGGUUUUCAUGUUGGGUGUCAUGUUUUGGCUGAUAAAUGUACUAAAAUGGAAUAACAUUUCAACUUUAAAAUGGUAGCACAAAGAUUAUUGGAGGUCACCACAUCCGAAAAUGUUGUUUUAAACUAUAGUGUCAAUCUUUCAUAGGAAACCUAUUGAAAUCAUAGAAAUACAGUUAAUAGAAUAUACAUUCCCUUUUAAGUUGACAUUCAACGGUGGGUUGACCGGCGGUCAUCUUUGUGGUUAAUCUAUCUUUGAAGUUAAUAUUUCAAUUCAAUUUAAAUUAUGUACCAGCUAAAUUGCAGUGGUCUGAAGGGAUAUGUCCAUUCUAUGAAUGCUAUUUCUAUGAUUGAAAUGACCCACUCGGUCUUCAAGAGUAUGCUGUGUCUUUUACACAUUUUUUAAUAAUUGAUGUUAAAGAUGAUAAAUCAAUAAAUAAUAUA